AUGGCCAAGGACGACGCAAGGCUCGAGCAGACUCGAGUGAGGCCAUCACCAGUCUUGAUCGCAUCAAGCUUGAGAAGGUCAUCCAAAUCAUUCAUGAGGGCAUUCCAAAAAUUCGUGUUCAAGUAUACCGAGGAGAUCGAACUUGAAAUCGACAUACUACCACCACACGUUCUCACAAAGUUGUACAACUUUGUGCUUUGGCCUCUGCGGCAUACCAACACAGGAAUUGGCAAGGGCACGGGUACUGGUGGCCUUAAACAGAAGGGCAUGGGCGAGACCGCUGAAGCUGAGAAUAUCCGCAAGCUGGGCGAGUGA